AUGCGGUGCGAGCACGACGGCCGCGAGUGCUCGUACGGCGAGAAGGAGCGCAAGACGCCGCUCACGCGCCAGCGCAUGACCGAGCUCGAGGACCGCAUCGCACUGUACGACAAGGUCUGGCACGGCGUGUUUUCGGGGUAUGAGUUUGACGCUGCGUGCGACGACUUUGAAGCGCGCGGCCCGGGCGACGUGCUCUCCAAGCUCGCUGCGUUGCACUUUAGCGACGUGGUGAAAGCGCAAGCACCAGCACCAGCACCAGCCAAGGUGGCUGAGCUCAUCACGCCGGCGUCUCCUCCUCCAAAGCGGUCGGCCGCUACAUCGGCAGCAGCAGACGCCGAAGACGACGACGACGACCUCCCCGCUACGCUUCCGCCGACCCGUGCCCACUCGCCCGCGGCUGUCGUGGCACCGCUCCCCCUCCUCGAGCCAGAUACAGCGUACAACUACGAGUGGGCCGAGGACGCGGCCAUCCCGCCGCGCGACGACGCGGGCAUGGGCUCGAUGAUCCACGGGCGGGGCACGAGCUACUUUGGCCUGUCGUCUGGCGCGGCAUUCCUCAACGCCAUCCAGAAGCUCACCCCCGUGCGGGUACAGGGCAUCUCUCCUGUCCAGGUCACGGAGCACGCGGCGGCCGGCAUGAUCCUCUCGGACGACCAGUGGUCGCCGCCGCACGACCAGUUCUCCUCCCCACACGACUGGGACAGCCCGACUGCCGCGACCGUCGCUAUCCCCCCGUACUCCGAGGUGCGGGGCUACGUCGACGGCUACUUCAAGUACUUCCACCCCAUCACGACGAUCGUGCAUGAGCCCACUAUCCGUGCACAGGUGACUGGCGCGCUUCGCGUCCCUGCGAAACCGGGCACUGAGGUGCUCCUCAACAUGGUGUUCGCGAUGGGCGCGCUCGAUUCCGGCAUGAGCGCGCAGAGCGCCGACGGGAACAAGUACUACCUCGUCGCGCGGCGUGCCCUCGAGCGCGACAUUCUCGAGGGCGGGACGCUGUCGCUCGUACAAGGGCUCGCCAUCAUGUCCAACUAUCUGCAGCGGUCAGGGCGCCCAAACGCGGGGUACAUGUGCCUCGGGUGGGCGCUGCGCAUGGCCAUGACACUGGGCCUGCACACGCCCGUCACGUCGCCGCGGUGCACGCCGUUCGAGCGCGAGAUGCGUCUGCGUGUGUGGUGGGCCGUGGUCACCAUCGAGGCUGGGUGCUCAGUCACCUUUGGCCGGCCGCACCCCGCCGGCGCGUUCCAGCUCGAUGCGGCGCCGAUCCCCAUCAACUGCGACGACGAGCACCUGACUGUCGGCAGCGCGGACCCGCCGGGAAACAUCGGCGAGGUGACAAUGUACACGGCGCUCGUGUACCAGUCGCGCCUGGCACGCGUGACCUGCGCGCUCGUCGACCGCAUCCUGCACUCGAACCCCGCGCCGGCGGUACACGAGCUGAGAAAGUACGACAACCGGAUAGUCUCGGUCAUCGAGUCGAUGCCAGAGUACAUGCGCACUGCGCCACCCCCAGGACCAUACGGCCUGGCGAUGAGCAUCCAGCACUGGCGCACGCGCGACAUCCGCGCGAUUCUGUACCGCCCCCUGCUGCUCGGCGCGGCGUGGGGGAACCGUACCGGCCUGUCCGGGGAAGUUCUCGACGCGAUAGAGACGUGCCGGUCCCUCGCGGUAGAGAAUCUACAAGACAUUGCCAAGUUCAUGGCCAACACGGACGACUCGUCGCGCUGCACAGAGUGGUACGCAAUCUACUUUGCGUUCCAGUCGGCCCUCACGCUGCUGCUGAGCGUCGUCGCCGAACCCGACAACCCGUCCGCUGUGCUCUGGCGUCAGGUGAUCAUGUCCACCGCGGCAUGGUUCCACAAGUGCCGCUCAAUGACCGCGCUCGGCGCAAGCUACGCCCGCGUGCUCGAGAACGUGCUCGGCGCGACGCCGCAGUCGGCCGAAGCGGCCGGCCUCGCCGGCCUCCAGAGCCUGCUCUCGUCGUGGUCCACCGCCGCGCAGGACGCCGCCGUGCAAGAGGGGAACGGCAACGGCGACCUGGGGUUCGAUAUGGACCGCUACUGGCUCGAAAUAUGGGGGUUGACGUCGGGAAUCGGCGCAACCCUGGACACUGCCCUCGUGGAAGCGGGCCUGCAACCAGAAGUGUAACUUGUUUGUCUGUACUGUACAGUAUAAUUAAUGCAUCGUCGUGU